CUCGUAUCGCCCAAGACCGAGUCGUCGACACCGCGCGCGAGGGAUUGCCGCAGGUGGGUCACGGGAGCUAUUCUAAGAAGGCCCUAGCAUCCGUCGUGACAGCUCGCAACGCCCGUUCCAAUUCCUGCCCUCUGUCAACACCCACCUGCAGCUUAAACACACCCUUCCUCCGCCAUGCCCCGCAACCCCGCAAAGUCCUACGAUUCCGAUUGAUGCUCCGCUUGAAAUCCACCCCAAAUACCCGCCAUGUCCCGCUACGACUUCCCCACGAGCCCUGUUGCGCAUGCCGAUGCCGUUGUCGCCGGCGACAGCUACCGCUUCACCAUCCUGACCGACGGCCUCCUCCGAUACGAAUGGGCUGACGAUGGCAAGUUUGAAGACAGAGCUUCGACCUUUGCCGUCCGCAGGAAGCUUGCCGUUCCCGACUUCUAUGUGUGGGACCGCGGGGACGCCGUGGAGAUCUCGACCACUCGCUUCCACCUGAUCUAUAACAAGAAGAAGUUCAGCUCUGAGGGCUUUGCGAUACAGCUGAAGGGGACCAUUACCAAUCGCUGGCGCUACGGCCAGGAUAUCAAGACUCUGGGGGGGACAACACGGACACUGGAUAUGGCGAAUGGGAGGAUCCCCGUCGAGCCUGGAGUGCUUGCUCGGGAUGGCUUCGCCGUCAUCGAGGACUCCAAGACGAUGGUGUUUGAGAAGAAUGGGUGGGUUGCGCCCCGUAAGCCUGGAACUCGGAGCGAUGCCUACAUAUUCAUGUACGGCCACGAUUACCGCGACGCCAUGAGGGCAUAUUACGCCGUGUCUGGAAGUCAGCCCUUGCUCCCCCGGUGGGCCUUGGGAAACUGGUGGAGUCGCUAUCACCGCUACUCGCACACUGAAUACAUUGAUCUCAUCGACCAUUUCGAACGUGACAACGUCCCAAUGACCGUUGCGGUUCUGGACAUGGAUUGGCACAAAGUCAAUAUCCCUCCGGAAUACGGAAACGGCUGGACUGGCUAUAGCUGGAAUAGGGACCUUUUCCCACACCCGUCGAGCUUCUUGCAGAAACUCCGCGACCGCGGCUUGCGGACGACCUUGAACGUGCAUCCUGCCGACGGCAUUCGUGCUUACGAGGAUCAAUACAAAGAAGUAGCUAAGUAUCUUGGGUAUGAUCCUUCGAAAGAGGAACAGAUCAAAUUCGAUUGUACGGACCGCAAGUUCAUGGACGCUUAUUUUGAUAUUGUACAUCACGAACUCGAAGAGGAGGGUGUCGACUUCUGGUGGGUCGACUGGCAACAGGGUGAUCGGUCAAAAAUCGAGGGAAUUGACCCACUAUGGGUGCUAAAUCAUUUCCAUUUCUUGGAUAUAGGCAGAGGGCGACAACGGCCCUUGAUUCUCUCCAGAUUUGCUGGCCCUGGAUCUCACCGAUACCAGAUUGGAUUUUCUGGAGACACUGUCAUGACCUGGGACUCCCUUCAAUUCCAACCUGAAUUCACGGCAACGGCUUCCAAUAUUGGAUAUGGUUGGUGGAGUCACGACAUCGGUGGCCAUAUGCACGGGUACAAAGACGAUGAGCUUACUACUCGGUGGGUUCAGCUUGGAUGCUUCUCUCCCAUUCUAAGGCUGCAUUCGUCAAACAACAUAUUCAAUACCAGAGAACCCUGGAAGUUCGGCACUGAAGCGUGUGAGAUUAUCGAGGAGACGAUGCGCUUGCGCCAUCGUCUCAUUCCAUAUCUCUAUUCCAUGAACGCCCGAUCUGCGUUAGACGACGAGCCUCUAGUACAACCUAUGUAUUGGGACUAUCCUGAUGCCGAAGAGGCAUACACUGUGCCGAAUCAAUUCAAGUUCGGCAGCGAGCUUAUCGUCGCUCCCAUAACGAAGUCUCGAGAUCCAGAUACGCAUCUCGGGAAGGUGAAGGCUUGGCUUCCAGGGUUGCGCUUCGUCGACAUCUUCACUGGAGUUGUGUAUGACGGAGAUCGAGAUCUCCUACUCCACAGAUAUCUCGCAGGUGUUCCUGUGCUAGCUGCCGAGGGAGCCAUUGUCCCACUCGACGCCUCGCAUCACUUGAAGAACGGGGUGCCGAAUCCAUCGUCCUUGGAAAUCUUACUUGUCGUCGGAGCCGAUGGUUCUUUCGAUUUGAUAGAAGACAACGGAACAGGCACUCAGGUCGAUGACGGCGGAUUCCAGGUUGUUGAAGCAGACGGCCAAGAAUCUGGCGACGACAAUGUCACUUUCAGCUGCACCACAAUCAGCUACAAGCAGUCAAGUGGCGUUCUGCGCAUUGGGUCCACUUCGCCCAUGGACCCGUCUAUUCCAAAGCACAGAGAUUGGACGAUUCGUCUUAUUGCCCACACUCCACGGGAGGAGGUCCGAUGCCAGCUCAAAAACACCAAAAAGAGCAGCGUUGUCAAACCCCUAGCAGACUCCAGGGGAACAGUCAUCCAGUUGAACUCUGUACCUAGCGACCAGGAGUGCGUCCUCGAGCUUGGGCGUGGUCCUCAGCUCGACAUCGUCGACCCGCUGUCGUUAUGCUGGCCCAUUAUUUACGAUACGUAUAUGGACUACGACAAGAAGGAAGCCAUAUGGUCUACUAUCACUGCCAACCAACCCGUUAGCACGCGGGUGUCUAGACUCCAAAACAUGGACUUGCAGCAAGAACUGUUGGAUGCUUUGUUGGAGCUCAUUCUUGCUGACUCCAGAUGGGCGUCGCAGGAAUCGUUUGGAUUUUGAUGUAUUGGAAAAGUGAUUGUCAUUUGAAAUCCUGU